AUGGACGAUUUCAACACGCGUGAUUUGAUCAGGCAGCUGCAGGCACAGAUUGAGACACAAACACAAACCAUAAAGGAGCAGCAAGAGGUCCAACGCAAACAGGCGGAGGAGAUGGCGGCGUUGAGGGCACAGCUCCCGCCACCAGAAUUUUCUGCCUCGAACAGACAGGAGGAGAACGAGGUAAGUCAUCAUGGAGAAGCUUCUGAUCCCGCUGGCGGGGGAAGAAAGGGGCCUACUCCCGUCCGCCUCACCAACCUGCUUCCGUUCACAGAGGCCAUUGUGCAAGCAAACAUGCCAGACAAACCUCCCCCAACCUUAGAACGUUACAAUGGUUCUGAUGACCCCGACAACCAUCUACGUAAUUUUAUAGAUGCCAUGGCAUUCUAUACUGACAACGACCCGGUAAUAUGCAGAGCUUUUUCUUUAUCUCUUAAGGGCGAAGCUCUGGAGUGGUUCCAUAAUCUUCCACGGAAUUCAGUAGAUUGUUUCGCCACAAUCGAAUCCUUAUUCCGAAAGCAGUAUGCGGCCAACAAAAAACCGGCGGUGACUGCUGCGGAGCUUGUCCAUACCAAGCAGGAGAAGGAUGAGACCUUGAAAGCUUUUAUGCAACGGUAUAUCGAGACGGCCCGGCGCGUAAAGGAUAUCACUCCCGCUUUCAUUAUCAGCAAUUUAUCGUCCUGCUUAAGGCCGAGGCAGUUUGCGGAACAGUUGUAUGCUGAUCCUCCCGCCUCCAUGGAAGAAUUGCAAUCCACUAUUGCAAAAUUCAUCCGCAUCGAAGACCACCGUAACUCCAGAAAGAAACAGCACCAGGAUAUCUCCAGCCAGGAGGCAAGGAAACCAGUGAAGCGAUCCACUAACGACUACAAACCGGACCGACCACCUCGGAAGGAGGCAGGGUGGAUGUCUAAGUACGAUCGUUACACGACCCUCAAUGCACCACGGGCGAGGGUGCUUGAAGAGGCCUUGCACGCCGAACUCUUGACCGUGCGACGAAAGGCCACCCCGAAAAACGCAGACAGUAACAAAACCUGCCGGUUCCAUAUGAACCAGGGACACGACACAGAAGAAUGCAACAUGGUGAAAGACGAACUAGAGAGACUCAUCCGUGCAGGUUAUCUCCAGAAUUACAUUAAGGAUAGAGUCUCCACUAGAGCUGCCACUCCUCGCUGUGGAGAUCCUUCUAGGCGAAGCCCCCAACGAUCACACCCUAGAGAUGAUCGACCCCGCAGACGAUCACGUAGUCCGCCUCGACGGACAGAGAGAGAGCGCUCAGUCCGAGGCCGCAUUGACACCAUAUCUGGCGGAUUCUCAGGAGAAAGGGUGGAUACCAGAGGAUACCUGGACCUGCGAACUCAGCUCGGAACAAGUCGGGAAGCACCUGAACUUUGA